UUUCCAUUUCUCCCUAUACUGAAAUCUAUACACCCGUAAUUAAAAAAAAAAAGAAAAGAAAUCUAUACACCCCAAAACAGCUUAAAAAAGCAUACACACAAUUGAAGAGAGAGAAAAAGGUACUACCUUUCUUUCUAGCUACAGAGAACCAACAAUCAAACUCUAAAAAAACUGAAAAACCCAAUAAAAUUAAAUUUCCCACUAAAAAACCCAUAGAUCCAAUUUUUAAUUAGGGUAUAUUUGUCUGCUUAAAAAACCUUUUGGCUCAUUUCUCAACUUUUUUCUCUCUCUUUCAUCAAUGCAGUGUUUCAGGGCAAAAUUUGUUUGUUCUAUCAAGUCAAUCUGGGUUAAUGUUAAGUCUUAGAAAUAUCAGUAAGUAGUUAUUAUUGAUAAGAUGCUGGAUAGUCCUACUAUUACUCUAGAUGACAAUGAAAAAUAUUUUCUUUUUCAGUUGCAUUUUCAGAAAGCAGCUAUUUUAACAGUACUAUCAGCAACAGCUAUCAAAUUCAUACAAGGAUUUUUUUUAUUUAACUGAGAGAUCUUGAUUGCCCACUUUUAUUAUUGAGUUUCAGAAAUUUCCCACCUUUUCUUUUGAUUAAUUUUAUUGAAGUUUGUAUCUGGUUGUAGACUUGAAGUAUUAGAUUGAAAAGAGAAGUAAAAAUAUUAUGGGUUUUAUGAAUUAUUGUUAUGGAGUUGAGAAUUUUCUUUCUUUAGAUCAAAAAUAGCAUGUUUUUGAAAGUUCUGUUUGGUUUGUUUUAAUUUCUAGAACUCUGAUCUUGAAAAUUUGGAGUAGAAAAACCUUUUCUUUUGUUUUUCACUGUUUCAGAAUUGUUUAGGUUGUUGUUUGAAGACAUAGAAGAAGAAAAAAGGAAAAAAAAAGUUGCUUUUGGUGGGUUAUUGUGAUUAUUUUUUGGUGGGUUAUUGUGAUUAUUUUUGGUGGGUUAUUGUGAUUUUAGAUUGUUUAUCUAAUUUUAGUUAGUUUCAACUCCUGCACAUCAACUGUUUGAGUAUAUGCUUCUGAGAGAGUAGAAAAAGUAAAGGAAGAAUAUUAAGUUGUAGGUUGUUGACAUACUAAAAGGAAAAGGGUAUUUUGUGAAAUAGAGCUGUAUUAAUGAUGGCAAUGUCCUGCAAGGAUGGUAAGGGAGUGAUGGAUAAUGGGAAGUAUGUGAGGUAUACACCUGAGCAGGUUGAAGCCCUUGAGAGGCUCUAUCAUGAUUGCCCUAAACCCAGCUCGCUCCGCCGCCAGCAGCUCAUCCGGGAGUGCCCUAUUCUCUCUAAUAUUGAGCCCAAGCAGAUCAAAGUCUGGUUUCAAAAUAGAAGAUGUAGGGAGAAGCAGAGAAAAGAGGCAUCAAGGUUGCAAGCAGUAAAUAGGAAGCUGACAGCCAUGAAUAAGCUUUUGAUGGAAGAGAAUGAUCGGUUACAAAAACAGGUUUCUCAGUUGGUUUAUGAGAAUGGCUAUUUUCGCCAGCAAACACAGAAACAGUCUGGGAUAAAUAGUAAAGAUACAAGCUGUGAAUCUGUGGUGACGAGUGGUCAACACCAUUUGACUCCACAGAAUCCCCCAAGAGAUGCUAGUCCUGCAGGACUUUUGUCCAUUGCAGAUGAAACUUUAGCAGAGUUUCUUUCAAAGGCCACUGGAACUGCUGUUGAGUGGGUCCAAAUGCCUGGAAUGAAGCCUGGUCCGGAUUCCAUUGGAAUCGUUGCUAUUUCUCAUGGUUGCACUGGAGUGGCAGCACGAGCCUGCGGCCUGGUUGGUCUAGAACCUACCAGGGUAGCAGAAAUCCUCAAGGAUAGGCCAUCGUGGUUUCGCGAUUGCCGAGCUGUGGAUGUGCUUAACGUGCUGCCCACUGCCAAUAGUGGAACCAUUGAGCUGCUGUACAUGCAGCUCUACGCUCCAACGACGUUGGCGCCUGCCCGUGAUUUUUGGUUGCUUCGGUAUACUUCUGUCAUGGAGGAUGGUAGUCUGGUGGUUUGUGAAAGGUCACUUAACAAUACUCAGAAUGGUCCCAGCAUGCCACCUGUGCAGAAUUUUGUAAGAGCGGAGAUGCUGCCUAGUGGGUAUCUUAUAAGGCCUUGUGAAGGAGGUGGCUCCAUAAUACAUAUUGUUGACCAUGUAGACCUUGAGCCAUGGAGUGUGCCAGAAGUAUUACGUCCCUUGUAUGAAUCUUCAACAGUUUUAGCCCAGAAAACAACGAUGGCGGCACUGCGUCAACUGAGGCAGAUUGCUCAGGAAGUUUCACAGCCUAAUGUCUCUAAUUGGGGUAGGCGGCCUGCCGCUCUUCGAUCUCUUGGUCAAAGGCUGAGCAGGGGUUUUAAUGAGGCCCUCAACGGAUUUACUGAUGAAGGGUGGUCAAUGAUUGGGAAUGAUGGCAUAGAUGAUGUCACUGUUCUUGUUAACUCGUCACCCGACAAACUGAUGGCAUUAAAUCUUACAUAUGCAAAUGGGUUUCCAGCUGUGAGCAAUACGGUUUUAUGUGCGAAAGCUUCCAUGCUUCUACAGAAUGUUCCCCCUGCAGUGCUUCUUAGGUUCCUAAGGGAGCAUAGAUCAGAAUGGGCUGAUAACAACAUUGAUGCUUACUUGGCAGCAGCUGCCAAAAUUAGUCCCUGUAGCUUGCCUGGAGCACGGAUUGGAGGUUUUGGUAAUCAAGUAAUUCUUCCAUUGGCACACACCAUUGAGCAUGAGGAGUUAUUGGAGGUCAUAAAGCUUGAAGGUGUUGUUAGUUGUCCUGAAGAUGCUAUGAUGCCAAGAGACAUGUUCCUUUUGCAAAUAUGUAGUGGCAUGGAUGAGAAUGCUGUUGGCACAUGUGCUGAGCUCAUAUUUGCUCCUAUAGAUGCUUCUUUUGCUGACGAUGCUCCUCUUUUGCCAUCUGGUUUUCGUAUCAUUCCUCUCGAUUCUGUGAAGGAAACCUCAAGUCCAAACCGCACUUUGGAUCUUGCAUCUGCUCUUGAAGUGGGUCCAUCUGCAAAUAAAUCUUCAUCGGAUAAUUCUGCCUCUGGUAAUAAUAUGAGAUCGGUGAUGACUAUUGCAUUUCAAUUUGCUUUCGAGAGCCAUCUUCAAGACAACGUGGCUUCAAUGGCAAGACAGUAUGUUCGCAGCAUUAUAUCUUCAGUUCAGAGGGUGGCCUUGGCUCUCUCUCCUCAUUUGGGUUCUCAAGCUGGGCUUAGGUCUUCUCUUGGUAAUCCUGAAGCUCACACUUUGGCUCGAUGGAUUUGCCAGAGUUAUAGGUGCUUUUUGGGAGUAGAGCUACUCAAAUCAACCGGUGACGGUAGUGAUGCAAUCUUGAAGUCCCUGUGGCAUCACUCUGAUGCAAUCAUGUGCUGCUCCUUAAAGGCUUUACCAGUUUUCACCUUCGCAAAUCAGGCAGGUCUUGACAUGCUCGAGACAACCCUGGUUGCCCUGCAAGACAUCACGCUUGAGAAGAUCUUGGAUGAUCAUGGACGGAAGACUCUUGUCUCGGAAUUUCCUCAAAUUCUUCAACAGGGUUUUACAUGCCUUCAAAGCGGAAUUUGUCUCUCGAGCAUGGGUCGUCCAGUAUCAUACGAACGGGCAGUGGCGUGGAAGGUGCUGAACGAAGAAGAGAAUGCACACUGCAUUUGCUUUAUGUUUAUGAACUGGUCGUUUGUCUAGUUGCUGGCAGCGUUAGUUCUAAGUACUCCCGAGUAAAAAAUACUUGCAAAAAACAAGUUUAUUUAAGUUACCAUGAAGUAGUAUUAUGUUUCUUUUGCUGUCGACUGUCGAGGUUCUUACUUAUGAAACCUUCGUAAACUGAUGGAUGAUCUAUGGAUGUUGCAGCUAAGGCAUAGACCUGGAACUGCUUUUCUGUUUA